CCUAAAGCGGGUGAAGCAAUUCAUUGAUAUGCCUUUGGAUGUUGGUGCCCUAGAUGUGGUGAAGCGGCAAUUUGAGGAAGGUGGUAGUCGCUUCCCACAUGUUAUUGGGGUUGUGGAUGGCACACAUGUUGCUAUUCAGCCACCAAGACAUAAUGAAGAAAUUUAUAGAAACAGGAAACUGUUUCAUUCUCUGAAUGUAAUGGUUGUUUGUGGGCCAUCCCUCCAGAUCCUUUCCCUGAAUGCAAAAUUUACUGGAAGUUCACAUGAUGCAUAUGUCAUUAGACAAUCAGGGAUAUGGCAGAGAUUAAGAUCAAGUCAACGAGCAGACAUGUGGUUAUUGGGAGACCGUGGAUAUCCUUGCACCCCCUGGCUCAUGACUCCUUACCGUAAUCCCAGGCCAGGACCACAGAUGGCAUUUAACUCCGCGCUUACUGCCACUAGGCAGCUGGUGGAGCGCACAAUUGGUGUCCUUAAAGGGCGGUUUCGUGUGCUCCACCGCACUGGUGGCGACAUCAUGUAUUCGCCGGAGAUGGCAAGUAAAAUAGUGGUCCUGUGCGCAAUACUACAUAAUAUCGCGGUAAGGAGUAGUGUAGAGCUUCCUCAGGCAGAGGAAUUGCCUGAUGAGGAGCCAGGGGUUGUUCGACAUUUCGGUGGGGGGAGUGUUACACGGAGGGGGAGCCAAGUGAGGGCAAGGAUUGUUGCCGAAUAUUUCAGCUGAAUGAUCACACGAACUGUGGACAACAACAACGGCACAACUCUCCGCCCCCUUCCCCUUCCCAGUCCCCCUCCCCUUCUCACUCCCCCUCCCCUUCUCACUCCCCCUCCCCUUCACAGUCCCCCUCCCCUUCCCAGUCCCACUCAGCUUCCCAGUCCCCCUCAGCUUCCCAGUCCCCCUCAUCUUCCCAGUCCCCCUCAUCUUCCCAGUCCCCAUCAGCUUCCCAGUCCCCCUCAGCUUCCCUGGCCCACUCCACUUUCCACUCCCCUUCUCACCACACCUCUCCAUCUCUUUCUGGGACCCCUUCUCCUCCUUCCCAUACCCCUUCUCCUUCAACUUCUACAUCACCAUCUCAACCCCCCUCACCCUCUAUUGCAUUAACUUUCUCUCCGCCCCCCUCGCCCUCUCAAU